UGCUGCUGCUUCCACUGCUGCUGCGGACUCCCAUGGCGGCUCCGCCCGGCCGGGGCUGCUGCCGCUGCCGCCAGCCGCGGGCUGAAUGAAUGAGCCGGAGCGGAGGAGCCGGGCUGCGCCCGGCCGCGCUCACCGGCCCGGGACGCUUCCGCAUGGCUCGAGAGGAGCCGGCGCCGGUGGCGGCGGCCGGGCAGCCCGGGGGUGGCAGGGGCGGCGUGCGGGAGCCGGCGCUGCAGGGGCCAGGGGUCGCCCGCAGGGGGCGGCCGUCGCUGAGCCGCGCUAAACUGCACGGGCUGCGGCACAUGUGCGCCGGGCGCGCGGCGGCGGGGGGCUCCUUCCAGCGGCGGGCUCUGUGGGUGCUGGCCUUCUGCACGUCCCUCGGCUUACUGCUGUCUUGGUCCUCAAACCGCCUGCUGUACUGGCUCAGCUUCCCGUCGCACACGCGGGUGCACCGCGAGUGGAGUCGCCAGCUGCCCUUCCCCGCCGUCACCGUGUGCAACAACAACCCGCUUCGCUUCCCGCGCCUCUCCAAGGGGGACCUUUACUAUGCCGGACACUGGCUGGGGCUGCUGCUGCCCAACCGCACGGCGCGCCCGCUGGUCAGCGAGCUGCUGAGGGGCGACGAGCCACGCCGCCAGUGGUUCCGCAAGCUGGCCGACUUCCGCCUCUUCCUGCCGCCGCGCCACUUCGAGGGCAUCAGCGCCGCCUUCAUGGACCGCCUGGGCCACCAGCUCGAGGACAUGCUGCUGUCCUGCAAGUACCGCGGCGAGCUCUGCGGUCCGCACAACUUCUCCUCCGUGUUUACAAAAUAUGGGAAGUGUUACAUGUUUAACUCAGGCGAGGAUGGCAAACCUCUGCUCACCACGGUCAAGGGAGGGACAGGCAACGGGCUGGAGAUCAUGCUGGACAUUCAGCAAGAUGAGUACCUGCCCAUCUGGGGAGAGACAGAGGAAACGACGUUCGAAGCAGGAGUGAAAGUUCAGAUCCACAGUCAGUCUGAGCCGCCUUUCAUCCAGGAGCUGGGCUUUGGGGUGGCUCCCGGGUUCCAGACUUUCGUGGCCACACAGGAGCAGAGGCUCACAUACCUGCCCCCACCAUGGGGUGAGUGCCGAUCCUCAGAGAUGGGACUCGACUUCUUUCCUGUUUACAGCAUCACCGCCUGUAGAAUUGACUGUGAGACCCGCUACAUCGUGGAGAAUUGCAACUGCCGCAUGGUCCACAUGCCAGGGGACGCGCCUUUCUGUACCCCUGAGCAGCACAAGGAGUGCGCAGAGCCUGCUCUCGGUCUGCUGGCAGAAAAGGACAGUAAUUACUGUCUCUGCAGGACACCCUGCAACCUGACCCGCUACAACAAAGAGCUCUCCAUGGUGAAGAUCCCCAGCAAGACCUCAGCCAAGUACCUCGAGAAGAAAUUUAACAAAUCAGAAAAAUAUAUCUCAGAGAACAUCCUCGUGCUGGAUAUAUUUUUUGAGGCUCUCAAUUACGAGACAAUUGAACAAAAGAAGGCGUAUGAAGUUGCUGCCUUACUUGGUGAUAUUGGUGGCCAGAUGGGGUUGUUUAUUGGUGCUAGUAUCCUCACAAUACUAGAGCUCUUUGAUUAUAUUUAUGAGCUGAUCAAAGAGAAGCUAUUAGACCUACUUGGCAAAGAGGAGGAUGAAGGGAGCCACGACGAGAAUGUGAGCACUUGUGAGACGAUGCCAAACCACUCCGAAACCAUCAGCCACACUGUGAACGUGCCCCUGCAGACAGCCUUGGGGACCCUGGAGGAGAUUGCCUGCUGACAGCCCUCGGACCGCCAGCACACCACAGACAGACCUUGAGGCCCAAGACCCGGGACAGGAGACCACGGGCGGGAUGGCCCCUGAUGACAGAAAGAAGCAAGAGCCCCUAUGCACACGUAGCAAACUCUCUGCCAAAACCUCGCUAUGGCCCUGUCUGAUGCGACGCCUCCUCGGCCCCCGCCGUGCGUCCCCCGUAGGAGAAAUGAGUCACACUCGGGAACCGUCACGAACCAACCUGCCAUCACACCUCACUGCCAGAUGUAUAAAGCACCUGCAUGCCCAGACCUCUCACGGCGCCGCCACCACGUCUGCCUCUGUACAAGACAGCCCUCCAUGUGUGGCCUCCCACGGCCACUCUGCAGCUGUGUGGAAGGGCUGGGUCCCAGCCCCAGAGUCACCAAGAGACCUCGCUGGAAUCACAGCCGCACAGUCGAAGGGGAGACCGCAGAACUGUUGACUACGUCAGGUCCUUGUGUAGUUUGUGAAGGUUCUCAACCUGCCCACACAGCCCCCUGCCCACCCCGAGCUGGCCCAUGGGGCGCCUGGGGCCACCCUCUCCCGUCCCAGCGCCCGUGGUGGCCUGGGUGGCUCCAGCACUCAUUCACGGUGCCCACAUCGUCCUGCCUCCCUGUGACAUGGCUUGUACGGUCCGACUCUGUUUCUUUGGGGGGCUUUUAUUGUCUGUCAGAGAUCCGUUUCGUUUCCUGAUGUUUGGGUUUGAUGUUCUGAGGUUUGGUUGGUUUUUCCAUCUCCCCGGCAUUUAUUUAUUCGUGCUUCCACUCAUGGUCACAUUAAA